GCUGCCUGCUUCCUGCCACCAUGGAUCCCUCGCAACAAUACUACCAGCAGUACAACCAGCAGCAAAGCUACGACGUGAAUCCGUACCACCAGCCUUACCAGGGUCCGAUAUAUCCUAUUCCCGGCUCUUCCUCUCACAGCGCGCCGGUUCCUGCUAAUGCAUACGAGUACGAUGUCGGCAUCGUCGCCCAACAGAGUGUGUAUGUUCCCGGAGCAAUGAUUGAUAAGCGUGGCGGUGCAGGUGGGAAGCUAGCGAAGGGCGGGAAGAGGUUGACUGUGCUGCGCAAGGGCGGGGGUAAAGUGUGGGAGGACCAAACGCUUCUAGAGUGGAAUCCGUCCUGGUUCCGCCUGUUCGUUGGUGACCUGAGCAACGAUGUCUCUGACGACGUCCUUGCAAACGCUUUUAAUAAAUACACAUCAUUCCAGAAAGCCAGAGUAAUACGGGACAGGCUAAGUGCAAAGGCCAAAUAUGGCUUCGUCGCAUUCUCUGAUCCGGAAGAUUUCCUAAAAGCCUGGAAGGAGAUGGAUGGUAAAUACGUAGGUAAUCGCCCUGUGAAACUUAAGAAGGCGGACGACACUGCGAUUAGACCCGUAGAAAUAGGCCACCGCAAGGCAAAGCAACUAGAAAGAGAGCUGAAGAAGAACAGGCGCAAACCUUACUAAGUGUCCAACCGAGCGUUUUGGUAGGACGUCACUAACAAUGCAAGCAUGCCAAUGGUAUACCCGAACACUUCAGACUUCCCCAGCUCUACGUUAUUGUCAUUCACCGCUCCAAGGAGCAUGACUCCGUCCAAUGUAUUACAUAGAAUAUGUAUACACACUAUGCACGCACGUCCUUCUGCUGUGUACACGC